AUGUCUGAAUCGCAGCCUCUUCUUCGUGAUGCUUCAGUCGAAGAAGGCCUGAGCAUUUCACUCGCCGAUGAAGUGAAACCUGAACAAAAUUAUUUUUCCGAUGUCCCUAACUUCUUUUGGAUUGAAUUAUCACUACUUCUAAAUGUGUUUUUAGCAGGGUUUGAUGGAACAAUUACUGCCUCCACAUAUGCAACUAUUGGGAGUGAGUUUAAGGCCUUCUCACUGGCCUCCUGGAUCACUUCGUCCUAUUUGAUCACUUCUACUGCCUUCCAACCACUCUACGGUUCUAUUUCUGACAGUGUUGGCAGAAGAAUGUGCAUUGUGUUUGCGCUUUUGACAUUUGGUAUCGGUUGUUAUGGCUGCAGCAUAUCGAAGAGUAUGGGUUUUCUCAUUGCUCUGAGAGCAUUCACUGGUAUUGGAGGAGGAGGACUUAUAUCUCUUUCCACCAUCACCAACUCCGAUAUAAUUUAUCCUUCGAAACGAGGAUUGUUCCAAGCAGUGCAAAACUUACUUUUGGGUACCGGAGCCGUUUGUGGAGCCACCUUUGGUGGAUUUUUAACCAAUUGCUUGGGAUGGAGAUGGUGUUUUGGACUCCAAAUCCUUCCCACGGCGUUGAGUCUUUUUGUGGCUAUCAGAUCCAUUCCUAACCAAAUUACCUUCCCGCAUGCUGAAGGUCCCAUCUAUAAGAAAAUCGACUUUAAGGGGUCAGCCUGUUUGGUGGUCGGUUUAACUUGCCUGCUCUUGGUGCUAUGCUUUGGAGGAAACGAACUACAGUGGACAGACUGGCGUAUCUGGGUGUUGGUAAUAGUUACAGUGGCAUCUACAGUGAUAUUUUUCGAGCAAGAAUCCCAUACUGAAGCCAUUCCCAUUAUCCCUGUCAACGACUACAAGAGCGGGUUUGUGGUUAUCAACAUCAUCUUCAACUUCUGUGUCGGUCUUGCUUCCUACUCGUACCUCUUCACCUUACCGUUGCUUUUCCAAAUCAAUCUUGGAGACUCGGUCGCCCAGGUGGGUUUUCGAUUAUCCAUCCCGGCAGUUGCCACUCCUUUAGGGGGAUUUGCCGCCGGGUAUCUUAUCACAAAGUCCCGUAACUAUUCCCGGAUCACUAUCUUAGGGACAACGUUAAUGGCGGUGGGAAAUGGACUUUCUCUCUUGAUUUCUGAAAAGUUGCCCAAAGCUGCAAUCAACCUUUUCUUGUUUCCUGCUAACUUUGGCCAGGGAUUGGCCUUCCCAAGUUCCCUCUUUUUGUUUGUUUACUACUUUGAUGCUACGAAACAAGCUUCGUCUACCUCUACGGUCUACUUGAUGAGAAAUAUUGGUGGGGUAUGGGGAGUUACUUACAUUUCCAUUGUUAUCAAGACAGUACUAAAGCAAAACUUGCCGGCCCAUCUUGCCAUGUUACACAGGCUUAGUAAGGAGGAAAUAGACAGGAUUCUUGCGGCAAUUUUGGAGUCGGUUGACAUUCUUGGGUCGGUGGAUAGUGAUGUAAAGGAGGUGCUAGUCCAAGACUACACAUUUGCACUUCGAAUAACACAGGCUGUUUCCACUGCUUGUUGUGUAAUUGCACUUUUCUGUGCAAUUAUGAGCCGAAAAGGUCGGUCCUACAAUUGUUAG